GUGACUGCAAGUCAUGCAUUCUCGUGACGGCAUGCCGAAGAAGACAUGUUGGACGCAUGGCCGCCCAGCAUCGCACCUGACACGAGACAGAGGAACGAGCGGACAGGCAGAGAGGGAGCAACGAGGCGUACAAAGCAGCGGCCAGCGACAGGAGGCAUUCGACUCUUUGACUGACUCCUUUUCAAGAGAGAGCAGUUGUACAGCAUAGACACAAAGAAGAGCAUGGGCAUGGGCAUGGGCAUGAGCAUGCGGAUGCGGAAGGCUGUGGUGUUGGCCUGUCUUAGCUUGGCGGUGUGGAUGUGUAUCGUUGGCGUGGUGGUGGUCAAGGUGUCGGCAAGUGGAGCCACCGGCGAUGGCGAGAACACCGUCCAUGUCAUCAACGAGAUUGAUGAUGCUGAUGAUAAUUAUGACUAUGAUCCGUAUGCGUCUACCGAGUCGGGACUCCCUCCCGAGCCAUGGACUGAGGACAACAAGUAUCAUAUUCGUGACGGCGCAACCGAGGAAGAGUACUUUGCGGCGUUGGCCGAGAUGCCGUGUGACAUUCCCAUUAUCGAUGCGGUAGCCAUUGAUGAAGAGAUGCUGACUGGCGGUGGAGAGCAUGUUGAGCUGGCGAGGAGCCUGCUGAGCAAGGGCUAUCCGUUUGUGACCCGCGGCAACGAGCUUGAUGAGCCGUUCUGGCAUGCCGACAACUUGGAGAAGGUCCUGCCCGAGUGGUUUGACCGUGAGGAGGGUCUCAUCACUGCGCACGAGGACUACGUCCGGGCCAUUCUCCGUGCGCACUACUCGACGCCGUCAUUCCUAACCAAGGACGGUGUGGGACCGGAUCUGUUUUCCGAGUUUCUGUUCCGAGCCAAAAAGGCGCAGGCCAAUAGCCGCCACAUCGACGAGGGUUGCGAGUCGUCGUACUCGCUGCAGAUGCGCGGGUGGAAGCUGUGGGAGCUGGACCUGCCAUGGAACGACACGGCUGGGCCCGGGCCGCAUGGCGAUGGCAAGCUGCGGUGUGUUCUGCGGCCGGGCGACGCGCUGUUCUUCUACGCCGGCUGGUACCACCGGACCAUGCCAAUCACCGACGAUGAGUCGGUGGCCAUCUCGAUGUACUUUCACAACCCGAUUGUCUCGCAUGAGGAGUUCUAUGCCAACUUUGGGGACAAGCUCCUCGCCACCCCGUACUACUGCGACUGUCUCGGGUUCUUCAAGCCGGCACAGGCCCGCAACGUGACAGCCGUUGCCGAGUCGCUCUCGGCCUGCGAUGUCAUCCGCAAGACGACCGACGAUCCGACGUUCAUGGACGAUCUCGGGACCGACGAUCCGGACAUGGCCGACUCGUGUCCACCGGACGCGUCUGUCCUGCGUUUUGCGGAUCCGUUUGAGGCCGGCAAGUGA